UCGGUGCGUGAUGUUUACUCGAAAUCUCGUUGAGAAAUAUUAAGACUGUAGUAUAUUAAAAUAUCUGCACUUUUAGCAAGUGUUUGCUACUUUUUCAAACACUUAAUUUGUGCAUUCAUUAAAGAUACAAAAAUAAAAAAAACAUAAAGAAAUGUCAAAACAUUUGGGAAAGCAAUUAAUCAUGAUCGCUUUGGCGAUUCAGCUCAAACAACUCUGCGUAGCUGCCGACAUACCGAAUUGUGAAUUUCGAGACACCGUUAGUCUAGUAAAUAUACGACCAAAUGCAGAUGGUUCAUACACAUAUCAGGGCUUACGCAUACCUCAAAACAUGACAGCCACCUACAGUUAUGAGGAACUCUCCGAUGGCACAUUGGUUACCGCAAUACCCCACAUCAGGGGCUGUGCCUGCAAGCUGAAGCAAUGCAUACAACUCUGUUGCUCACGAAACGAGCUGUUGGACGAAAAGACGCAAAAAUGCGCACCCAGGAAUGCGGUUGAUUACCCUAGAAUUAGCACUUACUCGUAUAUGCCAAACGAUACAAAGAGUACACAAAAACCAAAUGUCGACGUGUUUGAGGAUUUUAUAACGCAAAAGCGUAUGCCUUGUGAGGAGUUUAAAAUUCUCAAUAGUGCACUGCAAGAAGAUUUUAAUAUUCUCUUUGAGAACGGCAUUAUUUUAUACGCGAUUAAAAUGAAAUAUACAACACAUCGUGAUUUUUGUUUAACACCCUUUUGGUACAACGAAACAUGGAGCUUGAAUCCCGUCGAAUGUUUUAAGAAAAUCCCAACGACGACUUAUUUGUAUAUGGCAUUAUUUACUAUAUCGGUGCCGUUCAUCUUCGCCACAAUUUGUGUGUAUUUAUAUGUGCCUCAACUACGCUGCCUGCACAAUAGCUGUCUCGUCUGUUUCCUUGGCACUUUCGCGCUCGGCAGUCUAAUUUUGUCGUCGGUUUUGUGGAUCAGAUACAAUUGGGUGGUCUGUCAAGCAAUGGGUGUCUUGUGCUAUUUCUUCAUGAUAUCUGCUUUCUUUUGGCUGAAUAUUACUUGUUUCGACUUAUGGUCGAAUAUACGUCGCAUCAGAUAUGAGCUGCAGUCGAGCAGUCCGCGUUUACGGUUCGCUUACUAUUCGAUUUAUGUGUGGUCAGCGGCAGUGAUUUUUACAGUUACCGCUUUAACUAUUGAAUAUACGAAUGUAAGCGACGCUUGGAAGCCAGGUUUUGGCAAUGGUCAAUGUUUCAUAAAAUCAAGAGAUUGGUCAGCACUGCUAUAUUUUCAAGGACCAAGCGGUUUGCUGAAUUUAUUUAAUGUUUUCUUCUACACAAUGAGUGUCAUAAAUUUGUAUCAAAUCAAAGAAGACUCGUAUGAGAUCAAGAAAGAGACGAGUCAGCAAUACAAGCUUUCAACAUUUCUGCGUUUAUUCCUGGUAAUGGGUGUUUCAUGGAUUCUAGAGUUCUUUACCUACUUAUUUGCACAAAAUAAUUCGUUUAUCAUUGUAAUAUUCAAUACGUUGAAUGCCUCACAGGGCAUAAUAUUAUUUGUUGUACUUGUGCUGAAGCGGAGAGUAUUGAUUUUGCUCAAGAAUCAUUGGAAUAAAAGCACUUGAGGAGACCCUUAAAGCAAAAACCCGCUUCAAUUAUGUGCAAAACGCAGAAGCAGCUUUUUAAUUUAGUUUUUAAAUUAAACAAAGCAGACAUAACUGUACAUGUUCGACAGUUGAUUACUACUUCAUUUCAUACUGAUUGCGAGUACAUCAAUUGAGUGACGAAUUGCGGUUAGGCUUAGCAAAUUAAUGGCAUAAAAGAUUAAAUAAAAAUAAUGUAAUAAUAAGUAUAUUUAUGGCACUUGCAGCGCAAAGUGGUUGACAUUUUAAUUUAAAAAAAAUACUGAAAUAUUUUUAUAAUUUUUUUAAGAUUAUUACCGAACUUUGGAAAAUUAUAGAUUACGUCUCGGUUUUUAAGCAAUACUUUGACUGACCAAGUUGAUAAAGGCUCACAGAACUGCAUUUAAUUACUUAUUCUCAUAAUAAUUGUUAUUAAUUAUACAAAUAUGUACACUCGUGCUUGUGUCCACAAUAUUUAAGGCAGUUGUGGCUUUUCUCAGAACUUGAUAAAAUAUUUUUAAGUAUAAAUGUAAAUGGUAAACUAUAAUAAAUAAACAUUCAUUGCUCUAUGAGUUCUUAAA